AUGUCUCUCACGGGACGGCCUCGCGUUAUUGUCAACGGUGUUCGAAGAAUGAGAACCUUCCAUUAUUUUUGGUGUCUCAAUUGCCAACGUACUGUCAGAAUACCCUCAACAAAUACUAUUAUGGAUUAUGGCUCUUUCUGUCCAUAUUGCUUCCAUCAAUUGCUGUAUGAGCUUGAUAUAUCAAGGCCAAGGCUUCUCAUGAAUAACCCUAAUAACAUGGAACCUCCUCCCACUACUAAUCAGUUAAUGGGUAGCUUAGCUUUCAUUCUUGAUCCAUCUUUUAGAAGACAAAAUCAAAAUAACACAACACUACAAUGGGAAACAGAACAUGAACAUGAUCAAAAUCAAAAUCGAAAUCCACAAACAUGGAUUACACUUCGAUUUGUAAGACCAAUUCGUCCACCAAGGCCUAAUGCCCCACCGCCAUUGCAAAACUUGGUUCCUCGACUCAAUGACAAUGACACCCCUUCAUUAGAUGAGCUCUUUGAUGGGGUAAUUCACAACAACAUCAGACCAGGGCCGCCUCCCGCGUCACCUUCCGCCAUUGAAGCCUUACCAAUGGUGAAAGUGACAGAAGCUCAUUUGGCAAGCGACCCUAAUUGUCCAAUAUGUAAAGAUGAGUUUGAAGUUGAUUUGGAAGUGAAAGAGUUACCAUGCAAACAUUUCUACCAUUCUGACUGCAUUCUCCCGUGGCUUCGCAUGCACAACACUUGCCCUGUAUGUCGCCACGAGCUACAAGGGAUUGAUAAUAGUAACAAUGCUAAUUACUACUCUUUUCACAAUGAGAAUGAGUACGACGGAUUCAUUGGAUUUGAGGAACUUACAAGCAACUUUAUUUGGAUUUGGAGCCAAAUUGCUUCGAUUAGGCCUAUUCGUGCAGUUCUAGAUUGGACGCGGUCCCAUUUCAGUGGUCGUAAUAGAAGUAAUUCUUGGUGGCGAGCAUUGCUCAUUUCAUAG